UUCCCCUCCUCUUGACUUCUCCCAGCACACAUAGCAGAAGCAGAGAAGAUGACUCUCACAGCAUACUCCUCAUACCCGGACUCUCCGGACCUCGCAGCUUUGAACCUCUCGCGCCUGGUUGCUCGUUUAGAACAUAACCUCCUCUCCUCAUCCGCGGAUCUGAAGCCACUACGCCAGUCAGAAUACCAGCGCAUGAGAGUCGGAGCAAACAUAGACUACGCCCGCACCAACCUUCAAACCCUCGAACGCACCCUCCCCCAGAUCAAACCCACCGACCGUCGCAACGACCUGCAGUCCGACCUAGCACGUCAACGGCAGGUCCUCAAACAACUCCAGAAUGUCCUCGACGAGAUCAGUAGUUCCCAGGCGGAACCUCAAUCCGACGACGACGAAGAGGAAGACGACUCUCUAGACGGUGAAGACCUCCUCGGCACCCCAGACGAGGGCAGCACCACCGACGAACAACUCGAACAUGAAGAGAAGGACCGUGAUAUCGUACCGCAUGAUAAAGAGCCAACAACGACGACAACAACAACAACAGCAUCCGCCACCAACACCCCAUCCGCACCACCAAUGACCACCGAACCACCCUCCCAAACAGCAGAAGCCACUCCCGCCCCGACACAAGAACAACCAUCAACUCUCCGAAACAGAUCACACGCACCCACAACCAUCCCCUCCACGGCAACAGCCAGCGCAACCGGAUCAUCUCUCCAGAAGAACCCACCUUCCCCACAGCAAUCCUCAGACUCUCGAUUACACGCGACAGAAGAGACGCUGUCAUCUCAUCGCGCGGAACAGGAAGACCUGACAUCGUCUAUGCUUGCGCUAGCAACGCAGCUGAAGACUUCGGCGCAGACGUUCCACUCCUCCCUGGAGGCGGAGAAGUCGGUGCUGGCUCGCGCGGUGGAUGGGAUUGAUCGAACGGCCGGGAACAUGAAGGUCGCGGAGCAGCGUAUGGGCAUGUUGCGGAGGAUGACGGAGGGGAAGGGCUGGUGGGGACGGAUGAUGUUGUAUGCGUGGAUUUUUGGGAUGUGGCUGGUAGCUAUUCUGAUUGUGUUCUUGGGGCCGAAGCUGAGGUUUUGAUUUUCUUUCUGGGGAAUGUGAGUGUCCAUUGGGGAGGGAGGGAGUGCCGAGUACCACUAGUUAGUAGAUAGUAUUAUUAUCCGCUGGGCGGAUAUUGAAGCUGGACCUGGGCCUAGAACCUGGACACUUGGUGUAGAUACAUGCUGAUAAUUGAUAAAACAUUGUUAAACACUUUU